AUGGAGAUGGAGGAAACAAGGGCCAGACGGCCCCAUCUUGUGCAUAGUCACGCCCAUGAAGGCGAUAUUCCUGGGACGGUGGAUCUUCGUGCCGUCGAGGGUGAUGACACGGCCUAUGGACAAGCGUUGUACCCGGUUCCGGCGGAGGACCCGAAUGACCCUCUUCAGUGGCCGAUUUGGAAGAAAAACACCAUUCUUCUCAUCAUGGCAUUUUACUCGUUCCUCGGGAACAGUUCCUUGACUGGGCCGUCGGUCUACAUUACAUUAUACAGCGAGGAAUUCGGUAUCUCUCCAGCUGCAGCUUCGGGAUUGAUCUCUUACCCGAACUUGGCAUUCGGAUUUGGGUCGCUUUUCCUUGUGCCCCUAUAUUUGAAGAUAGGAAGGCGUCCAGUGACACUCUUAUCAAUGGCGACGUUUGUCGCUGGCUUGAUCGGUGCCUCGAGGGCUACGAGCUACAGCGGGCUUAUGGUUGCUCGGGUCUUUCACGGCUUUGGCAGUGGCGUCUGCGAGAGCUUGCCCGUGCAGCUUGUCAACGAUAUCUUUUACAUUCACGAGCGGGGAAAGAAGAUUGGCUACUAUACUAUCUGCCUCUGCCUAGGAGCGACGGGUCCCCUAUACGCUGGAUAUAUGCUGGGAGGAGGAAACUCGUGGCGACUCUUCUUCUACGUCGAAGCCGCUUUUGCUGCCGCCCUUUUGAUCUUGGCGUUCAUCUUCGUCGAGGAAUCUACAUAUCACCGCUCCAAACAUUUGACGCAAGAGAUCUCAUCAUCCCCCUCGCUCGCCAUGGACCCGACAGAUGAAAUGAAAAACCAUCCAACGCAGCUUGAGAACGUGUCAUCGGUGUCGGUGCCUCGGAGAAAGAGCUUUCUGUCUACUCUCAAACCUUGGAGCGCUAUUGAUCCAGAGCCCGAGUUCUUCAUGACAAUCGCCCGGUCUUUUACGUAUUUCUUGGUCCCAGCAGUUUUCUGGGUAAUCAGUACCUACGGGCUAUAUAUCGGCCUCGGAGCUUUGGCAUUCAAUUACACCUUCCCACUCAAGAUCACGGCGCCCCCAUACAACUGGAGUGAAACAAAUUCCGGCCUCAUAGCAGUGGCCUCCUUCAUCGGCUACCUUCUCGCCCUCCCAUUCACCUCAACCUCCGAUCGAUUAGCCGCCUACCGCACAAAACGCAACAACGGAAUCCGUGAAGCCGAAAUGCGCCUCCCAGCCCUCUUCCCAGCUAUCCUCCUCGCCCCAGCCGGACUGGUAGUCUACGGGUUCACCGCGCAGCGCGACCUGCACUGGAUCGGAUACUUUGUCGGAGUCGUCAUGGACCAAUUCGGAUCAUACUUGUACUUUACGUUUACACUUGCUUACGCCGUGGACUCGUACUAUGCAAACACGUCUGAAAUGCUCAUCGCCAUGAACCUGGGCAAGCAGGCUAUCUCCUUCGCUGGUACCCAGCUCACUCUGACAGGCCUCCGGGGCUAUUCCGCUUCGGCCCUGGGGGCUCUCAACCUCGCGACGACCUCGCACGGCCCUGCAUAUUAA